GCCGCCUUGGCUGGGGUUUUCCUGGAAGAGGAUCUCUGCUGUGCCGGGGAGGAGCCCACCUGUCUGAUGCCGCAUUGGAAGCGGAGGGUGCCGCUAUGGAGCGCGGGGAUGGAGGCCACGCUCUGUAUCCACACGUGCCUUUGGCUGAGUGCCGCCUGGAUCCCCCUCGCGUCGUCAGACGGACUGGCCUGCGGCGGGGAGUGCGCUCCCGGCACUGACGCCCGGCACGGCAAGCUGACGUGGGCUGUCAGCUUGGACGCGCCCGAGGAGGAGCUGGAGCAGCGGGCAGAGGAGCUGGCCCGGACUGCGGGGCUGGUGAACAUGGGCCGCGUUGGGGAGCUCAAGGGCCAUUACCUCUUCACCUACCAGCCCGACGGCCACGCGGCAAGCGAACCCGAAGCAAUAAGGAGGUCGGUGGACACUUUGUUUGCACAGCACGACAGCGUGCGGUGGCACUCGGAACAGAAGCUUCUGAAACGCUCCAAACGCAGCCUGCACUUUAACGAUCCCAAAUACCCCCAGCAGUGGCAUCUGAACAACCGCAGGAGCCCCGGCAAGGACAUCAAUGUCACGGGCGUCUGGGAGCGGAACGUGACGGGGCGCGGCGUGACGGUGGUGGUGGUGGACGACGGCGUGGAGCACACCAUCAAAGACAUACAGCCAAAUUAUAGCCCAGAAGGCAGCUAUGACUUGAACUCCAACGACCCCGACCCUAUGCCUCACCCCGACGAGGAGAACGGCAACCACCACGGGACCCGCUGCGCCGGGGAGAUCGCUGCCGUGCCAAACAACAGCUUCUGCACGGUGGGAGUGGCCUACGGGAGCCGCAUCGCAGGCAUCCGAGUGCUGGACGGGCCCCUCACCGACAGCAUGGAGGCCAUCGCCUUCAACAAGCACUAUCAGAUCAACGACAUCUACAGCUGCAGCUGGGGUCCAGAUGACGAUGGGAAAACCGUGGAUGGCCCCCAUCAACUGGGAAAGGCCGCCCUGCAGCACGGCGUGAUAGCGGGCCGCCGGGGCUUCGGGAGCAUUUUCGUCGUGGCCAGCGGCAACGGCGGGCAACACAGCGACAACUGCAACUAUGAUGGUUAUGCCAACUCCAUCUACACUGUCACGAUAGGCGCGGUGGACGAGACGGGCUCCAUGCCAUUCUAUGCCGAGGAAUGUGCCUCCAUGUUAGCGGUGACCUUCAGCGGCGGGGACAAGAUGAUGAGAAGCAUUGUGACAACAGACUGGGAUUUGCAGAAGGGCACGGGCUGCACAGAGGGCCACACGGGGACGUCGGCUGCCGCUCCUCUUGCAGCCGGGAUGAUCGCGCUGAUGCUGCAGGUGCGGCCGUGUCUGACCUGGCGAGACGUCCAGCACAUCAUUGUCUUCACCACCACCAAGUACGAGGAUCGGCACGCAAAGUGGGACAUCAACCAGGCCGGCUUCAGCCACAGCCACCAGCACGGCUUCGGCUUGCUGAACGCCUGGAGGCUGGUGAACGCUGCCAAGAUCUGGGAGUCGGUCCCGUACCUCGCCUCGUACGUGAGCCCUGCACUGAAGGAGGGCAGGAGCAUCCCGUUGCUCCCGCAGGAGCUGGAGGUCGCCUGGAACGUCACCACCGCCGACCUGGAACUCUCCGGCAUGAGAACCCUGGAGCACGUGGCAGUCACCGUCACCAUAACCCACCCCCGCCGUGGCAACCUGGAGAUCAGGCUCUUCUGCCCCAGCGGCAUGAUGUCCCUGAUAGGCACCACCAGGAGCAUGGACUCAGACCCCAAUGGCUUUGCUGACUGGACCUUCUCCACGGUCCGGUGCUGGGGCGAGGAAGCACAGGGCACAUACAGACUGGUCAUCAGGGACAUUGGAGACGAGAGCCUGAGGCCUGGGACCUUGAAGCGGUGGCAGCUGACCCUGUACGGCUCCUCCUGGUCCCCAGCAGAGAUGAAGGAACGGCAGAGGCUGCUGGAGGAAGCCAUGAGCGGGCAGUACCUGAGCAGCGACUUCUCCCUGCCCUGCCCUCCGGGGCUGGAGAUCCCCGAGGAGCAGCACUACACAAUCACAGCCAACACCCUCAAGACCCUCCUGCUGUUGGGAUGCUUUGCCGUGUUCUGGACUUUCUACUACAUGCUGGAGGUUUGCCUGUCCAGGAACAACGUGGGGCUUGACCUGACCUGCAACGGCUCCGCCGCCUGCAAAUGGUACCAGCAGGGAGGGAAGCACAGAGCCCUGGAGAGCGGCCUGGAGAUGGAGUCUGUGCCGCUCUACCGGGAGAAGGACAUCGAGGAUGUCGAGCUGGAGUGUGAGCGCCCGGAGCCUGCCCAGGAGGACGAGGGGGAGGAGGGGUCCUGGACCCCCACCCGCCCCAAACUUCCCAGCAGUGGCAGAGCUGCCGGCUUCCACGAGGCGGCCCCCGCCGGAGCAGGGUACCUUGGCCGGGAGGCGACAGCCGAGCUCCUCUCGGAGGACAGGGAGCGCCAGACGUGCUAGCUGGGGCUGGGGGUUUGGGCUGCAUCCCUUCCACUCCCUACGUCCUUCCCGAGCGCGGGCAGCA